AUGUUCUACCGAGACGGAGUUUCGGAGGGCCAAUUUCAAACGGUUUUACACGAAGAACUGCGUGCAAUUCAACGUGCCUGCCGACGCCUCAGGCAGGACUACGAGCCGGCGAUCACAUUCAUUGUUGUUCAAAAGCGGCAUCAUUUACGCUUUAAGCCGAGUGAUCCUAGGGCCCGUAAUAUAGAUCCUGGGACUGUGAUCGACAAAGAGGUGACGCACCCCAGGGAAUUUGACUUUUAUUUGUGUUCCCAAGAGGGCAUCCAGGUUGGUUCUCCCCUUCCCGUCUUUGUGCUUCCCUAUCUUGUUCGUUGUAUAUCCCGUUGUUAUCGGUGUAUUGUGGCUAUUUUAGCUGGAUUCUUGGUGAUAAUCGGCUCAGUCGAAGAGGGCGAGCAAGCAUGCGUAAUGCCGGGAACCUCCAAACCGGCUCACUAUCAUGUCCUCUAUGAUGACAGUAACUGGAACUCUGAUACCCUGCAAAGUUUUACCUAUUACCUCUGCCACGCCUACCUGCGUUGCUGUCGCAGUGUUUCGUAUCCGGCACCUACAUUUUACUCCCACCUGGCCGCUUUCCGUGCUCGUGACUGGUUGAAAGAAUGUCAGCGACCUGGAGAACUCUUUGUGGGCGAAAAUAAAUUUAAAGUCAACAGCACCCAGGAAAACUGCAUGUUCUUCUUGUAA